UCUGGGCUCUGGCACAUACGCACACGGUGCAUCCCUUCCCAGGGAAAUCUUCAUGGUCGUCCUUCCUCCCUGCUCCUCCUACCAUUCUGCUGUGCAGCAUCUGUGGGUAGCGGCAGAGCUUCCCAUGCUGGGGACAUACAGAGGAGCUCGGUUAGAGGCUCGCCCAUCACACACACCCCAUUCCACUCACCCGGCCUGGGCUGCCCCCCUGCUCCGAGGCCUCACACUCGUGGGGUGAAUGAGGUUGAUGCUACUGUGCUGUAGCUGGAGUGAGGAACACAUGGGAGAAGAGGAAGGUAAUGUGUUGCCGGCAUGUGCCAGCUGCGGACAGAGUAUAUAUGAGGGACGAUAUCUGCGGGCCUUGGAGUCAGACUGGCAUACUGACUGCUUCAGAUGCAGUGACUGUGGUGUGUCUUUGUCCCAUCGGUACUAUGAAAAGGAUGGAAGGCUUUUCUGUAAAAAGCACUACUGGGCACGGUUUGGUGGCAUGUGUCAGGGAUGCUCAGAGCAUAUCACUAAAGGACUAGUUAUGGUAGCGGGAGAGCACAAGUAUCACCCAGAAUGCUUCUUGUGUUCACGAUGUGCCUCGUUCAUUGGUGAUGGAGAGACAUAUGCUCUGGUGGAGAGAUCCAAGUUGUACUGUGGAUCAUGCUACUAUCAAAUCUCAUUGACUCCAGUGAUUGACUCUCCAGUCUCUCGGUCACCCCAUACAGUGACUCUGGUAUCUCUUCCUGCAUUAGAUGGCAAGCGUGGGCUUUCUGUUUCCAUCACUCCAUCGUGUGCUGAGCACUCUCACACUGUGCGAGUCCUUGAGGUAGACAAUGACUGCCUUAGUCCUGACAUUCAAGGCGCAAUUCAUGUUGGGGACCGAAUACUGGAGAUCAAUGGCACCCCUAUUCGCAGUGUUCCACUCGAUGAGAUUGAUGUCUUAUUACAGGAGACCAGUCGUCUCUUGCAGCUGACCAUUGAGCAUGACCCUCACGAGAACAGUGCGAUAUCUACUCCAUGUAUAGAGUCUGGAGUCAGGCGUCAAAGACCAGUCACGCGCAGCUGCAGUACAGACAGAUCUCCGGGAUCUAGUUGUGUGGGAUCCCCAUCGUGUUCACGAAGAGACAUGUGCCGUUCUGAAUCUGUGCGUGGUGUUGCAGGUGCACACCGUAUAUUCAGGCCUUCAGAUCUCAUUCCUGGAGAGGUCCUAGGGAGGGGCUUCUUUGGUCAAGCAAUUAAAGUUACUCAUCGUGUGACUGGUGAGAUUAUGGUGAUGAAAGAGUUAAUUCGGUUUGAUGAAGAAACUCAGCGAACCUUUUUAAAAGAGGUGAAGGUAAUGCGCUGCUUGGAACAUCCAAAUGUGCUGAAGUUUAUCGGAGUACUUUAUAAGGACAAGAGAUUGAACUUUAUCACAGAGUACAUCCCUGAAGGUACCCUGCGAAGAGUGAUAAAGAGCAUGGACGCUCAGUAUCCCUGGAAUAAAAGGGUCAGCUUUGCCAGAGACAUAGCUGCUGGAAUGACCUACCUCCAUUCUAUGAAUAUAAUCCAUCGGGACUUGAAUUCUUACAACUGCCUUGUGCGAGAGGAUGGCAGUCUGGUUGUGGCAGAUUUUGGGCUGGCUCGAUUAGUAUCAGAGGAGGCUCGGGACUUGCGGAAAGACAGAAGAAAGCGGUACACUGUGGUGGGGAAUCCUUAUUGGAUGGCACCAGAAAUGAUAAAUGGGAGAAAAUAUGAUGAGUCGGUGGAUGUUUUCUCCUUUGGCAUUGUGCUGUGUGAGAUAAUUGGCCGUGUUAGGGCUGACCCUGACUAUCUCCCACGUACCAUGGAUUUUGGGCUGAAUGUUCGUGCCUUCCUGGACCGUUUUUGCCCCCCAGACUGCCCACCAGGCUUCUUUCCUAGUGCAGUAUUAUGCUGUGAUUUGGACCCUGAGAAAAGGCCCAACUUCUCACAGCUUCAGCUAUGGCUGGAAUCAUUGCUCAGGCACCUGACUCUGCAGCUCCCACUUAGUUCACACCUUGAACAGCUCGAGCAAGGCUUUUGGGAGAUAUAUCGUAGAGGAGAAAGUGGCCUGCAUCCCCAUCCUGAAAUCACAGAAUAACACACGUGGCAAAUAGGAAGAUAUCCAGAUACAAAUACCCCAUUGUUGUGUUUAUGGGGAGCUCAUGUUGCUUACUUUGCAAGGAGAGGGGAUAAUCCCUACAUCUAGGUUAAAUGAAGGGGACCUGCUGUGUCCAAGCUUACUGGUACUGCUUCCGAGCAUUGAAGGGAAUCCAAAGAUACAUUGUUGCAGUUUCAUUGGGUGCCUACUGAGUUUAACUUUAGCCUGCAAUGGUCCUUGGACUGCCAUUGGUAGAGAUGAGCAAGGUUUUUUGUGUGCCACUCACUAAACUACUUAAAGAGCCAGUAUUAGUUUUGUGGUUUUAAAGGCGUCAUUUCAUCACAUGAAUCCUGCAUGACGCCCCUUUUGUUUAAACUUCCUGUACAAUGGAGCAUUCUGCACCUUAUGUAAAUACCUGUAUGUAUAUUUAGACCUUUCUGUACAUAUCCUUCUAAUGUUUGUGACUUAAGCCUGUCAUCCAUGAUCACUUGUUCAUGUUGCCAAGAAGGGCUUACUGGUUUUUCUGUCUGUCAAAAGCAUUCUGGGCCUGGGGAUUACUCCCUGACAGGACCAUCAUGCACGU